UCCAGACGCUGUGUAGAAAUUGUUUUAACUUAGAUCAGAUUCUUAAAACUCGUAGCCGCUCUCGUAUUGCUUUAACAACUAAUCACUGCAUAGCGCUGCCGACAUAGUGACAUUAAAAAGCAGAGUACAUAGCAAUAUAACCUUGUUCGUAACCUGGAUCUAUUAAAAAAAAAAAACAAAUUCCCUCAGAGACAGUUGAGGGCGACAGAGAGAAGUGGUUUUCAUGGCCAGAUCUCCCUCUUCGUCUUGGCUUGCCUGAGAAGCAUUUCAGUGCUGAAUAUUGACCUUCAUCUGUCUUUAUCUACGGAGUACAUGGGGCUCGUCAUAAAGGUUUAUUCAUACAUUGUAGGGCAUUUCGCCUUUGGAUGCCUGGACUUCUUUCUCCGAGUUGUAAAACAUGUCCUAGCGGAAAGCUAAGAACUACAGAUGGAGCUCAAUAAAAUUAGACUACUAGUGCAUCUCCAAGAGGCAAAACACAAACCGGCCGCGCAAAAGGAAAGAAUCGCUUGUUAAGGCAUUCUUGCAGUUUUGUCGACGUUGUCAAAAAGUUUCAGGGACUCGCUGGAAUGGAAAUAAAGUGCAUAUAUAUCAUAAAUUUGGACUGCUGUAAAAAAUACCAAGAAAGAAUGAAGUAACCGUGAUGGAGCCGGAUAAUGCCCCGGACUCCAAACUCAAACCAGCUGGAGUCGGGGGGAGAGCCCUAAUUCUCUGUACCAUUUUGUAUUGUACUUGUUACCUUGGACUUGCACAAGUACAUUCUGAAGAUGUGGACAUUCUCCAAAGGCUGGGCCUUACGGGAAAGAAGUCGCAGUCACCUUCUCCGGCAUCCCGUCCCGUUCCUCAGGGGUUCAUACCUUUCAAAUCGGGCGUCAUUUUCACCCAGCGGGCACGGAUCGAGGCGCCACUUAGCACAGUCAUUCCAGCCACUUUUGGCACGAACUUUGCUUUGAUACUGAGCCUCUGCUCCCAUCGCGUUAAUAAUGCUUUUUUAUUUACUGUUAAGUCUAAGAAGAAGAAACUGCAGCUGGGGGUGCAGUUUAUACCUGGUAAGAUUAUAGUAUAUGUAGGGCAUAAGAAAUCUGUAUAUUUUGAUUAUGAUGUUCACGAUGGCCAGUGGCACAACCUGGCCAUUGACAUCAGAGGCCAAAAGGUCACUUUAUAUACUUCUUGUGGGAAGCAACGUGUACAUGCAGAUUUGCAUUUUAAAAAAGAAGAGACUCUAGAUCCCGAGGGGUCUUUCCUCUUAGGCAAAAUGAACCAAAAUUCAGUUCAGUUUGAAGGCGCCAUUUGUCAGUUUGAUAUUUAUCCUUCUGCCAAGGCAGCUCAUAAUUAUUGUAAGUACAUUAAAAGACAGUGCAGGCAAGCUGACACCUACCGGCCAAACCUCCCUCCUCUAAUUCCUCUGUUACCCAGAGAUCCAAAUAUUACUGUUACUCCCAAAACCCCGCUCUCAUUGACUGAGAUAACCAAAAGGGGUUUAAACAUGGCUCUUCCUUUAGGUGGUUCUGGGACCAGUGUUAAGUAUGUAGUCCAAAGCAGUAGGUUAACAACGCUGAAUUCCACCUCCCUGCAGGGGGUUGUUGUCACUCCCCAUGCGGCCACUGUUUCCACACUUUUGCAAGGCACUGCCCCACCCUUUACCACCAGGCUCGGACUACAACAGGCAAGGACCCAAACCGUCACUAUGCCUCUCAGGACCAGCGGAGCUUUAUCCAAGAUGGCUACCAAUAAACCUCCUAAGCCCAGUGCCCGGAGUGGGCAGACUAACCCCAGAAAGACCACCGCGGGACAGGACGCCAAAAAGAAAUCGAAAACGGGUGGGUUGGCAGCCACCACCACUUCCAAGCCAGUGAAAAAGAAACUGGAACUCCACAGCCCCACCGCCACGAAGCCAAGCACAGCGAAGCCUGCUACGGGGGUCCUUUCAAAGAAGGAGCAGCAGUCUCCGUCCAGAAAGACACCUGAGCCUAAAGGAGCAGCUCCUCACUCCGUCAAACCCACUCCUUUCGUGCCCAUCACUCCCGCUGCCACCGACGGCUUUCAAACCUUUGACUUGGAUCCAACUCCCUUCUCUCUCCUGGUUGGGCCACCAGGAUUAAAGGGGGAACCAGGGUUACCGGGACCUCCAGGACCUCCGGGAAAACCAGGACUGCCUGGAAAGCGAGGAGCUAGGGGUCCACUUGGUCCACAUGGAAAUCCUGGCCCUCCUGGUUUCCCAGGACUCAAGGGUAGAAAAGGAGAUGCUGGCCUUUCACCUGGUAGAGCACCUAAUGGACAGAAAGGAGAUCCUGGACGUCUCGGUCCUCCUGGUUUACCUGGGCAGCCUGGUCGGAAGGGACAGAAGGGUCAUCUUGGUCUCCAAGGGCAUCCAGGAGAACCAGGGGAGCGAGGUCCAGAUGGAAGCCCAGGUGCCAAAGGUUAUCCUGGCAGGCAGGGUUUACCUGGGCCUAUAGGAGAUAUUGGGCCUAAAGGAUCUCGAGGUUUUAUAGGUAUACCCGGGCUUUUCGGCCUGCCUGGGCCUGAUGGUGAGAGAGGCAUUCCUGGAGUUCCGGGGAAGAGGGGCAAGAUGGGUAGGCCGGGGUUUCCAGGGGAUUUUGGUGAAAGAGGACCACCAGGACCUGAUGGAAACCCAGGAGAAAUGGGUGCCCCUGGUCCUAAUGGAGUUCCUGGGCUCAUUGGUGACAUGGGUCCUGUUGGACAAAUGGGACUUCCAGGGCCACAGGGACUCAAGGGGGUGGCCGGCAAUCCAGGAGAACCAGGACUGAAAGGUGAUAAGGGUGAAAUUGGAGUUCCUGGGAUUCCAGGAGAAAUUGGAUAUCCGGGCGACAAGGGUAAUCCAGGUUUGCCAGGGCUGCCAGGAAUGAGAGGAAAAGCAGGACCACAGGGAAAGCAAGGUGAGAAAGGGCAAGAUGGCUUACCAGGCCCACCAGGCCCUGAGGGCUUUCCAGGAGACAUUGGACCACCAGGGCAAAACGGUCCUGAAGGCCCAAAGGGAAAACCAGGUGCCAGAGGUUUACCAGGCCCGAGAGGAGUUCCAGGCCUAGAGGGUGACGAAGGGCCCAUAGGACCUCCUGGGGCCCCAGGGUUAGAGGGCAGACCGGGGCGGAAAGGAUUCCCUGGAAAACCGGGCCCUGAUGGUCUGAAGGGGGAGCCUGGCAUAACUGGAAAGGUUGGCAAGCUUGGAGAAAGGGGGUUGAUUGGCUUCAUCGGCCCCGUGGGAGAGAUGGGAAUCUCAGGAGAAAAGGGCGACCGAGGGGAAAUGGGUCUUCCUGGCCCUCCAGGAGAAAAGGGAGCGAUGGGACAUCCAGGUACGCCAGGUGAAAGUGGGCCUACUGGACCACCAGGACGAACUGGGCCUCCUGGGUCUCGUGGUGCCAUUGGUGCCAGAGGACCAAAAGGAAGACGGGGGGCUAGAGGCCCUGAUGGUCCAACUGGAGAGCGUGGGGCCGCGGGAGCGAAGGGUCCUGAAGGCCAGCCAGGAAAACCUGGCUUUCCUGGUGAGCAGGGAAAGAUCGGAGAGUCAGGUGAAGUAGGACUUCAAGGCUUUGCAGGAAUACAAGGACCUUCAGGACCUCCUGGGGCAAAAGGAAUUCCAGGAGAACCGGGUCCCCCAGGGCCAGUAGGAAUGAUCGGACCUCUUGGAGAAAUUGGAAUCAAAGGUCCUCCAGGUCAAAUGGGCGAGCCGGGGCUGCCAGGAGAACCAGGAGAGAAAGGUGCAAUUGGACCUCUUGGAUCUAUUGGGGAACAAGGACUGAUUGGCCAGCGUGGGGAGCCAGGCUUAGAAGGAGAAGCUGGGCCAGCAGGACCUGAUGGAACCAAGGGUGAAAAGGGGGACAUGGGACCUGAGGGGGAGAAAGGAGAGAAGGGUGAAAUUGGCCUGAAAGGAAAGGAAGGCACUCCUGGAGAUCCAGGGCUGACAGGCGUCAGGGGUCCAGAAGGAAAACCAGGAAAACCAGGUGAAAGAGGAAAACCAGGCAGAAAGGGCAGCAAAGGCCAUCAGGGUCAUCUUGGAGAGACAGGGACCAUUGGUGAACAGGGGGCAGCGGGCUUUGCAGGACCAAAGGGAUCCAGAGGAACUAUUGGGCCCAUGGGUCCCCCAGGCAGAAUGGGACAGCAAGGGGAACCAGGCUUACCAGGGUAUGAGGGUCACCAAGGUCCACAGGGCCCAAUGGGACCACCUGGACCCAAAGGAGAAAAGGGGGAACAGGGGGAUGAUGGGAAGACAGAGGGGCCUCCUGGUUCUCCAGGAGACAGAGGUCCUGUUGGAGACAGAGGGGACAGAGGCGAAUCAGGGGACCCAGGCUAUCCAGGUCACCAAGGGCUGGACGGAGAAAGAGGCAAGUCUGGAGCCCCUGGGAUGCCUGGGAAUCCUGGACCUCCAGGACAACCAGGACCUAAAGGAUCUAAGGGUUAUGAGGGCCAGAAAGGAAAACAAGGGAGCCGGGGAGAAGCUGGAAGCAGAGGCCCGCCAGGCCCAAUUGGACCUCCCGGGCCACGGGGUGUGGUGGGACGACAGGGUCAAGAGGGUGUCCCUGGUGUAGAUGGAAUCCCAGGCAAGGAUGGGAGUAAAGGAAUGCCGGGGGAGCAGGGAGACGAUGGCGAAAUCGGCCUCUCUGGGAAUGUGGGCCAUCGUGGCAAAGUGGGUCCGACGGGCCUCCCUGGUGCUCAGGGCUCACCUGGGUUCAAGGGAGAGAGGGGCUUGCCUGGUCAAGCCGGUCCCCCCGGAAAGCGAGGAUUUAAGGGAGGAAUGGGAAUGCCAGGGAAACAGGGAGAUCCAGGAUCCAAAGGGCAGCCGGGUGACACUGGAGAACCAGGAUUUCCAGGCAUUAUGGGCGUGUUUGGACCAAAGGGGCCUCCAGGAGACUUUGGACCAGUAGGGAUUCAAGGCCCUAAGGGACCACAAGGCCUGAUGGGAAAGGAAGGUGUCAUUGGUCCAUUCGGAAUAAUAGGGCCCACUGGGAAUCCAGGACCUAAAGGAGACAAGGGAAAUCGAGGGGAAACAGGGGUACAAGGACCAAGAGGCCCACCAGGUCCACAUGGGCCCCCAGGACCACCAGGUCCCCCAGGUCUUCCCCUGUCACUCAAAAAUGAAGCUCUUGGUGCUGCUUUACAAGUUUUUAUUGACUCAAACACUGCACUCAGGACAGAGAACUAUCAAGGUUUAGACUUGCCUAUGCUGGACCAGGGAACAGAGAUCUUUAAGACCCUUCACUACCUCAGUAACCUGAUUCAGAGCAUCAAAAACCCACUGGGAACCCAUGACAAUCCUGCCCGCAUUUGCCGAGACCUUAAAGAUUGUGAACAGAGGAUGAAUGAUGGCACUUAUUGGAUUGACCCGAACCUUGGCUGUGCUUCAGACACGAUUGAGGUGACCUGCAACUUCACAAAUGGAGGGCAAACCUGCCUUAAACCAGUUUCUGUCUCCAAGCUGGAGAUUGGAGUUGGCCGUGUCCAAAUGAAUUUUCUCCACCUCCUGAGUUCUGAAGCCGUCCAGCACAUCAUAAUCCACUGUCUGAACGUUUCAGUCUGGAGAGAGAGCAAAUCGGACCAACCUUCCAUGAAUGCCGUGGCAUUCAAAGCUUGGAACGGACAGAUGAUCAAGGCUGGAGGACCGGUGGUUCCAGAUGUCAUCCAGGAUGAUUGUCGGAUACAAGAUGGCCGAUGGCAUCAAACACAUUUUGUAUUUCAUACUCAAGACCCAAACCUACUUCCCAUUGUCAAUGUCUAUAAUUUGCCAGCCACGAAACCUGGAUUACACUACCACCUGGAGGUCGGACCUGUCUGUUUCCUAUAAAGCCGUGCCUCUGACGGGCACCACGCUGUUGAUCCUUCCCAGCUCGAGUUUUUUAAACAAGAUGAGUUUUUGUUUUUUUUCUCUCAAGAUCAGAUGGCAAACCUUCCCUCAAACAGUCUUCACAGACAAAAAAAAUAAAUACUGAACUCUGGUUUUUAACGCGCGUUAAGAACGUAUGGACUGCAGAAGCUGCAAAGAGGUCAGGAAAGAAGGAACAAGUCAAGAACGACAUGAAUCACAAUGUGUUGUCGGACAAGUGAAAACUUCAAUAGAUAAGCUCUUUGUGCCUUUCAGGAAUGUUUCUGUUGGCAAAUUUUGAAUAUCAGUCUCAAACUCAGCCAAAGAAUAUUUCUGGGACAAUUUUGUAACUUAUUCUUUCCAUAUAUGUUUCAGUUCUCCCCCCUCCCCCUCAGAUUUGAGGUUCUACUUCAUAUUUUUGUUUAAAAAGUAUAAAUAUAUAUAUAAAUAUAUAUCUUAUGUUAACAAAUCACUUCAAGUGCAAUAGAAGAGGAAAAGCAUUUUUUUUUCCAUCUUUUGUUUGUGCAUUACUUAACUUUUAGGCAAUUCAGGGGUGCUGAAUUAAUUUCAACUUUGGGACCAUCGAAGUGUACAGACCAGUUUUAAACUAUUUACUUGAUAGGGGUCAAUAUUCCAGCAACGGCUAAACUGCACACUAGUGGGCCUAAACUCCCAAGGCUGCAGAACAAGUCAAGUUACCCAGUAUCAUUAUAGUUUUGUACACAUUAAAAUUCCUGAUAUAAGAUUAGUUAUUGGAAGUAACUCCUGAAGGGGCUUUCUGAUAUUCUGUCUACCUCCCAUCUCUCAAUAUAUGGUGCUCGGGAAAAAUCUUUAAAAACAAAAAAUUGGUGCUCUACUUUCCCUUUAUAGGAAAAAAACGGCUUUUGUGGUUCUUUGGUUUAAGCCAACUUUUUUUCACACUAUUUAGCAAGAGAAAUGCCUUUAAUUUAAGAGCAUACGAUACUUUUUUAUGGGAAUAUUUUUAUAUAAAUUAAAAAAGAGGAAAAAAAGAUUUGAAUUUAUCUUUCGUGCUGCCAGUUGUUAUUCAUAGGGCUCAGCAAAGCAAUUUUACAAGCAGUCUUUUUUUUAUAACAAAAUAUUUUCAGCUCUUUUGUACAAAACCCCCCAUAGCUGUAAUUAAUAUCUUAAAAAAAACUUAGAAGAUUUAGUUUUAAUAGUAAGCUUGGUUGUUGUUGAAAACAAAUAAAAUGUGUAUAAUUGUGCAAGCUUUGUUGUAUACAGUGGAUCCUACCUGCUAAUUUAAUGUUAUUUAAAAUGUUUUGAAAACGUGGUUAUGUUGACCUAGUAAGGUUCUCUUUUGUUUAGGGAAUAGUUCAGAAUUGUAUUUUGUUUCUCAAGACUUUUAUGUAUCAGUUUCCCAACUGGUCUUGGCGUUAAUAGAAGGUUUAAUUAUGCUAUUUUAUGUGUAAAUUUGGUACUCCAGAGGAAAAAUUUAUUGCAGUGUUUUUGUUUUGUUUUUUUCUACAUGAUAAUCACAACUGUACUGUACUGGGACUGUGUUCUAUGCUUUUUCACUUAUCAUGGAUUUAUUUGUAAAGAAAAAAUGAAGAAUAUGUGAACGUUCUAUGCCUUUUGCUCCAUUUCAGAUGUUUAGAGUAAAGACAAAGAUUGCAGAUACCUCACAUUUAAACACACCUGGUAGGCAGUUCAUUUUUUUUUUUUUUGCAUUUUGUUUUACUUCCACGUCUGUAUCUGACAUAUCAGGACAAAAACAAAAAAUAGGCAACAUUACCUUUUUGCAGGAAGUUACAGUGCUCAUCUAUGAUCUACCUGCAUUACUUUCUGUAGCUCUAUUGUUUCCAUUCCAUACAUCAUUUCAAUACUUUCCAUUGUCUUGCAUUAACAAUGUUCAGAUGUUCAAUAAAUAUUUGAAACUUA